ACCAAAAAAUUGUCAAUAGUCAUGCAUAUAGCACCAACUUCCGAUUGUGAGAUCGAGAAAGUUAAAAAUAGAAAAAAUUUUAAGUUAAGAAGUGUUGAAAAAAGAAAAAUGCAUGUCCUGAUGGAUUAUUUAGAGCAAUGCUUUCAAAUAAUGACAGUGGUUGUAAUAGCCGAACUGAUUAGACGUUGUUGCCGCAUUAUCUUUGAGUAUUGGAAAUAUGCCAACCACUAUGAAGACGAUAAUAAAUUACUGGAAAUAACGAAACGAUCGUUUAGCAUGAAUAUAAGCACCUCUAUAGGUUUUAUAGUUUUUUUAUUUGUUGCCUUCGUCUGUGUUCUUAGUCGCGGCAGCCGGCCACCUUUAUACUUUUUUACAUUUAUGCCACUGUAUUGGAUAUUUAUGGGCCUGGCUGUGGGGCAUUCGCAUUUAAACUAUGCCGAUUGGAUACGAGAGCCGCAUGGUUUAGAUUAUGCCGAGGGUAUGGCUUCGAAUUAUUUCCAUGGCUAUUUAAAACUAAUACUGCCCACACAUGAUAACGAUACUGGUAUUAAGGAACGUAUGCAGUUGUAUGAGAAUAAGCAUAAAGUUAAAUUUGCCGUUAAACGUUUGUUUAUCCUAGUGCCUAAUACAAUGUUUAUUAAUUCCAAAAUUGAAAGUAAAAUAUUGCAAAAGGAUGGUGUAAUGCCUUUAGAAACUGUUGUUAAAAAUCGUGCUGGUGUAUCGAGACCCUUUAAAAAUGAUGUUUAUCGUUUUAAUAGAACUAUAGAUGGUACCUACUAUUAUGUGGCCAUGGAAGGCGCCACACCUAUGUUAUCAUUUUUCGAAGCCUUAAGCUUUCAACCGUCCACCACCUGGCAAAUGAAAGAAAUGAAACGAGAAAUACUCUUAAAAUUCUAUAAACAUUUAAAAUAUCUUUUAAAUAAAUGGCCUGAAACACAGGGAAAGGCAGAGGUGAUACUUUAUAACAGUUAUAAAGCUGAUGGACGUCCGCAAGAUGUGGGUGAUGUUUUGUUGAGUUACAUUACCAAUAUGUGGCAUAAGGGAGAAUUCUAAAAUGUGCUUGUAAAAAGCUCUCUAUGGUUGGGAUACCAACAAUAAAAUGAAAUUUAAUAUUUAAUUGACUUUUUAACAAAAUUAUAUUUCAGUUUUUAUUUAAUAUAUUUUUAAGUGUUUAGGAAGUUGUUCUUCACGCUAAGUGCCAAAGCUCUCAAUAUACAAACUAAUGUAUAAUUUUGUAAAGUACACAUUUUAAAUAAAAUGUAUUUUCAGAAAAAAA